GGACAUGGUGGGAUCAGUGAAAUAUACUGAUCUCCCACGCAAACACACAAUGACUAACCAGUCCCCAAAAGAACUGCUGAAGUACCACAUAAGCUGAUAAGAGAACCAAAGCUAUUAAAGUACAGACAGGAAUUCGGGGAUUUAUACGUAACUACAUACAUAAUAAUGCAACACAACAACAUCUUACCUACAAACACAAUGCUAUAAGUACACAAAUGCAUGCAUAUUAUUUCUAUGAUCCAUACAUCUUAGUUUAUUUGUGUAAACCCGUGUGCUUGUAGAUUCGAAACAUUCAGACAUGACGUUUGACGAUUGUCAUCCGACAAGACGAGACUUGCAUCAAGUCUUGCGUUCUACUCCAUGCAGGGUCGAUGUGUUUAUCUUCGCUGUGAGGAGUUUACUGGGCAAUAUGGCAGCUGCGGAAGCCUUCAACGUUGAGAAACUUUUGUCACUUUUGAGAACAUGUCGAGGAGAGAAGAACGAAAUCCUAAUGGACAUGUAUGUUGACGCAUACGAGGAACUGGGAAAACUUCUGAUUCUAUUUGGGAGUGUUUUUGGUUUCGUCAACUCUGAUGUAAGCAGCAAGGUAGAGAUUCUUCGAGCAUAUCGGAGCUCAGGACAAGCUGAGAACUUUGACACUAUCAAGUCCAUGCUAGACUACGAGGUCAAGAAUGAUCUGACGGCGAGAAAAGACAAGGCGUCAGGAUCUCGCACCCUCCUGCGAUUACAUCGAGCCCUGGAAUUCAUUGUGCAGUUUCUAGAAGAGAUAUGCAAGGGGGAUAAAGACACCAAGAUGGCCACAGUCUCCUUGCAAGCUUAUAAUCGAACACUCGCUAAAUACCAUCCAUGGCUCAUCCGUAAAGGCGGCGUGCACAUCUCCUUCUACACGUUGCCAGGCAGGACUCAGCUGCUGCAGCGGAUGCAGUUGCCGGAGGAGGAACGAGCUCAGGCUGUGCUGAAAGAGAUCAUUUCAUUGACCAAUGAUUUAUACACUGAAACACAGGAGUUAUAUGCAGAUCGGAACCUUCUUGAUCUACCAUAACUCCGUUUAGUAUUUAUCUCCAACAAUGUAGACCUAUCUAUGAUUCCAUCGUCUAUGUGAUAGGGCAAGUGCUAAUAAUUAUUAGGAUAUACAUCUUCUGCCGUCAACACUUUUAAUCUUAUUGUUUGUGGUACACAGUUUCAUAGUAAGUGGUUUAAGCAGAAUAAGCUUGAAAGUCAAGGGGUCAAGUCUAGUAGUUAUGACAACAGUCACAGGCUUACGGUUUUAUAGUUUAUCCAUUGUAGCUAUGAAUGAUGUUGAAUUUGUCCAUGUAUCUAUCAGAAUGGAAUGGAAAUAUGACACCUUUAACUCUUGGGGACACUGUAGGACAUUGGCUGUCCAUAAUUUCUUUGUCCAUGACGCAUCGCCAGGAAUGA